GGAGGAGGGCAGGAGCGGGGAGGGGAUGAGAGAGGAGGUGACUCCGGCAGUUCGUCUCCACCGGAGGAUCAUGGCGGAUGGUCAUGGCCCCAGGUGUAAGCGCAGGAAGCAGGCCAACCCGCGGAGGAACCACGUCAUCAGCUACAACAAUGCGGCGGAGGCGGGCACAGACUCUGACGAUGAGGACAAGCUGCACAUCGUGGAGGAGGAGGGCAGCCUGGCGGACUGCGACAGCACCCUGCCAGACCAGGACCACCCCAGGGGGCUCUGGGACCCAGUGAAAGAAGAGUGCGUGUCGGACGGCGAGGACGACGCCAGCACCGACGCCUUGGUGGAGGAGAUGCUCCAGCAGGGCGACACGGCCGUCAUUUACCCAGAAGCCCCGGAGGACGAGCUGCAGGGUCACGGCACUCCCGACGCCAGCACUCCCGACGAGAACGGGACCCCGGACUCCUUCUCGCAGCUGCUCACCUGCCCGUACUGCGCGCGCGGCUACAAGCGCUUCAGCUCGCUGAAGGAGCACAUCAAGUAUCGUCACGAGAAGACGGAGGAGUGCUUCAGCUGCCCCGAGUGCAGCUACACCUUUGCACACCGCGCUCAGCUGGAGAGACACAUGGCGGCCCACAAGUCAGGGCGGGACCAGAGACUCGUCACGCAGUCGGGAGGCAACCGCAAAUUCAAGUGCACCGAGUGCGGCAAGGCCUUUAAAUACAAGCACCACCUGAAGGAGCACCUGCGCAUUCACAGUGGAGAGAAACCCUACGAGUGCUCCAACUGCAAGAAGCGCUUCUCCCACUCGGGCUCGUACAGCUCGCACAUCAGCAGCAAGAAAUGCAUCAGUCUCAUCUCGGUUAACAGCCGGCAACGUCUGAGCAGCAGCAAGACCCAGGCCCAGGGCCCGGCCGCCAUCCUUCCCACUUCGCCGGCCGCCCUCCGCGCCCAAAUUCGCGAGAAGCUGGAGCACAGCAAGCCCCUCCAGGAGCAGCUGCCCCUCAACCAGAUCAAGAGCGAGCCGCUGGACUACGAAUACAAACCGACCCUGGUCGGGAUGAAUGCCGGGAUGUACAACGGUGGGGCUGCGACUCCUCUGCAGGGCACCGUGCAGGCCGUGGUCCUCCCCACCGUGGGGCUGAUGUCGCCCAUCAGCAUCAACAUAGCCGACCUGCAGAACGCCCUCAAAGUGGCCGUGGACGGCAACGUGAUUCGCCAGGUCCUGGAAAGCAGCGGCAAAGGCCAGGGUCAUGCCAACUUGGGGUUAACCACUGGAAGCAUCCACCCGUCCCAGCAGCAGCUCAUCUCAGCCAUCAGCUUGCCCAUUGUGGGUCAGGACGGAAAUGCAAAAAUCAUCAUCAACUACAACCUGGACCCCAACCAGGGACAGAUCAUGGCGCAGAACAUUAAGAAGGAGUCAGAGCCAUUCUCAACCGCUCAGCCAACCACUGAGUCGUUGAAGUUUCAGAAACUCCCUGAGGAUCUGACCAUCAGGGGCGCGAGGGUAACUGAGAUGAAAGAAGAGGAUCAAACCACUAAGACUUGUCUCCUGUGUGAGAACUGUCCCGCCGGGCUGGAACCCCUGCAUGCCCUCAAACACUGCAAGAAAGACGCUCUCAGGCUGAACGGAGAGGCUGCCGUUACUGCGCUACUGUCACAGGGGGGCUUUUGCAACCAGCCCAAGAACAUCCUGUCCCUGCUGAAGGCCUACUUUGCCUUAAACAGAGAGCCCACCAAGGACGAGAUGGACAAAAUCUCGGACUCUGUCAACCUCCCAAUCCAUGUGGUCAAAAGGUGGUUUGACAAAAUGCAGCAGGGUCAAAUAUCACUCGGUGCCCCGACGCCUCCUUCAGAGGAAGACGAUGCCUAUGAUUCCAGCAGUGUGGUAUCUCUGGUCCAGGGGAAAGGUGUGGCCUCCAUGAGUCCUUCUGAGCCUCACGACAGUCCGACAGAAGCAACCCCGGCUGAGCUAAACGGCGCCCACAGCUCUCCAGUCUCUCCCUCACCACUAACCCUGAGAGACGACGUUCUCCUUAAAGACCAGGCCCCUCAGAGCACUGAUGCACCCCUAGACCUGUCGCUGCCAAAGCCCGACAAAGAGGAAACGGAGACUGUUCAAACCUGCAAUCACCUCUCACUUUCCUCUGUACGCACCAUUCAGGAGGAACCUCUGAACUUAACUUGCACAAAGAAAGACGCCUCGCCACUCUCACCCUUGGGCUCCGGCCCCGUCGCACUGUACACCAGCCCGCCAAGUGCCAACCCCCUCAAUAUUGUAACCACUCAACUUCCCACGCUGGUGGCUAUUGCCGACCAGAGCCGUAUGCAAUGUCUAAGGGCCCUGACCACCACCAACAAACAGACUAUCCUCAUCCCUCAGCUGGCUUACACCUAUACCACUACCGCUACCAGUCCUGCUGGGACCCUGACAGAAAAGACCAUCCACCUCAACGGGAUCAAGGAGGAGAAGCAGGACACCAGCUCGGAGGGCAUGGAGGACUCGGACUCGGGUCCUCUGAGGAAGAAGAUGAAGAAGACGGAGAGCGGCAUGUACGCCUGUGACCUGUGUGACAAGAUCUUCCAGAAGAGCAGCUCGCUGCUCAGACACAAAUACGAGCACACAGGCAAGCGGCCGCACGAGUGCAGCAUCUGCAGCAAGGCGUUCAAACACAAACACCACCUGAUCGAACACAUGCGCCUCCACUCGGGGGAGAAACCCUACCAGUGCGACAAGUGCGGCAAGCGCUUCUCCCACUCGGGCUCCUACUCGCAGCACAUGAACCACCGCUACUCCUACUGCAAGAGGGAGUCCCCGGGCCAGGAGGAGGACACCCUGGGCGGGGCCCGGGACCCCGGCCUGGUCCCCUUCCAGGUGGACUCGGACGAGCGGGGGAGCAGCGCCAGGGAGGACGAGGAGAGCGAGGAGUUCGAGGAGGAGGAGGAGGAGGAGGAGGAGGAAGGUGCGGUCGGCAUGAACGACAUCCAGGUGGUGCAGGUGGAGGAGGAGGAGGCAGGAAGUAAGAGGGCAGGUGCAGAGGAAGGGGACUGAGAGAGAACUACUGUGUAGAAACCCAGGUGUGCCUGAAAAUUACUUUUCUCAACAUUUGUACAAAUAAUGAAGGAAGACUUUUUAUCAGUGUUACUAAUUCCACGCCUGGGAGAUGUUUUUAUGGCCAAAGUCAGUAUUUGGUGGCAGGAUGAAGUCUACCAGCUUCCAUGCAGCUUUUCUACCCUCCAGUAUUAAUAGUCCUGUGCGGCGCCGGCCUUAGGGACAACUUAGAGACAACUCUUUGACGCUUUUACACACCUUUGACAUUUUAGGACCCACGCUCAUUCCCACAUAUUUCUACUUCACCACAUAGUAUUCGAAGUACUCUCCAGUCGGAAAGAGGAAGAGACCAUACAGUGUUAGCUGCAGGAUUCUCACAGGAAUGAGGCCAAAGUACCUACUGUAUUAGGACCACACUUGUUUUCUUGCUACUUUGGAGAAGUUCUCGGUGAUAUUUUUCUAUGUUGUGAAAGUGUGAGGUACACAACAACACUGCCUGGAGUCUCGUCACCCAAACAGUGAUCUAUGUUUCAAUGACAGAACCAGGAGUCAUGGUUUCAGAGUACAGUACAGUCGUCCCUCGUUUAUCACGGCUAAUAAUCCUACUUUCCACAAAGUAUGAAUGAAUCAAAUAUUAUAUUGUUUAUUUUGCCCAUGUAAGACUUAUUAUUAUCGCACCAAAUAUUAUAUAUUUUUGAAGGUGACCGUGGUAAACAAGUUUGGACAAAGAUGAAUUAUUAUUUAUGAAUCAAAUAUUAGACGUUUUUGAGGUUGUAAACACAUUUUGACAAAAUACUUUAUUAUUUAUAAAUGAAAUAUUUGACAUUUUUUAAGGUGAGCGUGGUAAUAAACACAUUCCAACAAAGUAGAAUUAUUGUUAAUAAAUAUAUAUAUUUUUAAAGCUGACCAUGGUAAACAAGUUUCGACAAAGUAGAAUUAUUAUUAAUGAAUGAAAUAUUAAGACAUUUUUGAAGGUGACCGUGGUAAAGAAAAAUUUGGCAAAGUAGAUUAUUAUUAACAAAUACAUACAUUUGAAGGUGACCGUGGUAAACACAUUUCGACAAAGUAGAAU